AGUAGCCGUCGAGCUUUCGCCGGAGACUCGCGCGCCCGCCCGCCGAAACCACGAGUAGCAGAGAACAAAAGAGCGUAUUAUUUUGUUGUGUCGCCACCGCGAACGCGCCGAGGAAUGAUCUGAGCUCGUUAAAAGUUGCGAUUCUGGCGGCGCGCGGGGAAGCGAGGAGAGAGCGACAGCUGCCCGCGCAUAAGCACGACAUCCAUGAAGAUAGCCGACUCGCGGACGAGGAGGAAGCAGCCGCCGAUGGUCAGCGAUCGCCAUGGCGACCACGUCGACCGUGCCGUGGUACAGUAGUCACGAGCAGCCCGUACGCGCCUGCAGUUCGUCAGCUAUGAGCGGCAACCGCGUCAGCGCCACCACCACCUAUCUGCCCAGCAAUUUUCCCGACAACUUCCAGGACUUCUUUGCCACUCUCAACGAAGACCUCGACGACCUGCCCAACAUGCUCGAGGACAAGCUCAUCCCUAGGUCUGGUUGCAGGAAGGAGAGCGACUCGUCGUCGGACGCGCUGGCGAACAGCAACAUGAACAAGCAGGCGCGCUGGGCGAAGCGAGCCUUCCAGCGGCGCAGCAGCGAGGUGGAGGUGCGGCUGCAGGCCAGCUCCGCGAACGGGCCCAAGUCGCCGGCGCCGUCCAGGCGGCGCAGCUCCAGCAUCGCCGUCGCCCGGCCCACUCCGGACCUGCACAGGUUUCUGCAGGCGGAGGCCAGCCCGUGGGGACACCUCUCGCCCUCGCCACGCAGCCCGACGCGGACGCCAGCGCUGAGCCCUGGCGGAGCGCAGCUCAGCGCCGGCACCAGUCCCGUCGGCCCGAGCCCGGCCACGAGUCCGGCCGCGCCCGCUAAUCCCGCCGCUACGGGCGCCUCGAGGCUGCCGCCGCAGCCCAAGCACCGCGGGAGGACCAGCAGCAUGCCUGCCGUACCCAGGCACCGGCCCAUGCUGGCGGAGACACGUCGCGGCAUCGGGAGCGGCAACGCGAGUGGCGCCAACGGCGAGGACGAGCACGAGGAGGGGGUCGAGUAUUACAGACUGCGCUCCUUCUCGAUAACCGCCAACGGGGUCUUCAACCUCGGUGACUCGCUCAAGAGCCGACGCAGCCGCAGCAUCAACAGCGUCACCUCGUCCGGCACCAGCUGCAGCAGCACUCGCGACGCCAGGUUGCUCAGCUCGGCGUCGCAGCUGUCGGGGAUCGAGGUCGAGCAGGAAGCCGGCGGCGAGUCGUCGUCGUCGUCGCGGGUGCCCACUUACAGGGUCGGCAUGCUCGGCGCCUCGGGCGUCGGCAAAACCGCGCUCACCGCACAAUUCACCACCAGCGAGUACAUCUGUGCCUACGACGCUUCGCUGGACGACGAGUACGGCCAAAAGAGCGUGUCAGUGAUGAUCGACGGCCAAGAGACCGAGCUGGAGAUCAUCGAUCACCCGACCACGGAGAUGUCGGUGGAGACGUUCUGUUCGACCUAUAAUCCUGACGUGUACGUGGUGGUAUACUCGGUUGUAGACCGGCGCAGCCUCAAGUUUGCCGAGGAAACGCUGCUGCAUCUGUGGAAGAGCGACUACAUGGCCAAGCACGGCGUCAUACUCGUUGGCAACAAGGUCGACCUCGAGCGCAAGCGCGAAGUUCCCGCUAUAAUGGGUCGUCGAAUAGCGAACAGCUGUGGCUGCAAGUUCAUCGAGACGUCAUCGGGAUUGGCUCAUCACGUGGACGAGCUGCUGGUCGGGAUCUUGGCGCAGAUUAAGCUGAAUCCUCAGCGGGACAGGGACCAAGUGACGCGACGUCGACGCAGCAAGCAUCGGCGCAAAAUUCUCAAGCACUUGCUCGGUUUCAAACGCAAGACCAAAAGCUGCGAGAAUCUUUUUGUCAUCUAAAAAGAGACAAGACAGAUGAACACAGCUUGUGUAUAUACGUAUUCCUUUUUUCUUCUUUCUCCGCUUUGAAACCCUUCGCCGUUGAUCUAGAGGCGUGAAACGAAUUUUUUACGUAAAUUAUAGGUACAUUAGUGUGGUGAACGAGAGAGAUGAUUGAAAGUUUCGAAGCUUCAUAGACUAUUAAUUUUUAUUCGCAGAUGUGUACAGAGUCUUACAUUUAAAUUCCUAAGUGCGCAGCUAUGUACAUUGUAAUGAUUAAUAGUCGCGUAUGAGGAUUUUAGACUUACAAACAAAAAUGAUUUUUACGACGCAUUUAUUAUGAAUAAUGUAUAUGUGCUAGUGAGUACGAUAAUGAUCAAUUUAAUCAAACCAAACAAUAAAAUAUAAUAAAAAAAUCAAAAAACAACACAAGAAAAAAGAACAAAGGAAAAGCGAUGAGUAAAUAAGGAAAAUAAAGUGUUACUUAUUAAUUCACGUGUACGACGUCGUCGAUCGAUAUUGUCAAAAAAAGAGGAAACAACUCGUGUGAAGCUCUGACGAGAAAUUAUUCACAUUCGGGAUUUAUGGAGGAUAUAUCGAGCUUCGUAUUAUUCAAUAAUCUUGUGACUCGGCGUAACAAUCUAUUUCACAAUUCCAGUGAAAUUGAACGAAGGUAUUCUAAUUAAAAUAAUUGGAUAAUAAACUGCUAAUAUUGAUUUUUGAAAC